AAAGGAACACCUAGCUCUAAGAAAAAGGGGGAAGUCAGCCUGACCUGAAAGCGCACUCCUGUCAUCAGGGAGCCAAGGCAAGGGGAUCAGAAAUUCAAGAUCAGCAAGACAUUCCUUUCUUUCUUACUUCCAUCAUCUCUGUUCUAGAAUCUGCUUGCAGCUGUGUAGAUAGAAUAAGGGGACUCUUUCUUUGGAAUCCAGAAUCCCUGACUCUUAAAUAAAAGGAUUAUGGGGCUCUUAUCCAUCUGAACUAUGUAAUGAAGCUACAUACUUUUAAAAUAGCUGCUCUUUCCAAGCAUCUACCACCCCGAGAAGAUGCAGAAAAUGAAGAUCAGAUAAGAGGCUUUUCUAAAGGAACUCAUCUAGAAAGCAUCGGACUAGAAUCUCACCCUCCGCCUGCUUCUGAAGCAGAGGUCUUGCCCCUAUAUGCUGCUGAGCUCAAUGAACAGAGGCUGCCCUGACUUCAUGUUUUACAAGGUAAGAUUUAGAAGGCCUGUGACGUCAAGAUCUACAGACCAACUGUGAUGAGAAGCAGUCAGGGCAGCCUUUGCAAUGUGGCUGAGUUCUCUGCUGUUUUCUGGUAGUGGUUUCUCUUGGGCUCUUUGCAGCACCAACACCCUGUGCUAUGGUCCACCAAUGUGUUGGCUCUCUCUCUCCCUUGCAUAGCAGGUCCGGGUUUGGAGUACAAAGUUGAAGGAUGCUGUAAGAAGACACACAGGCAUCCUUAUUAGCCAAUUCCCUGAAGAAAUGGGACCCUGAAGAGACACCCAGAGCUAUAACCCAGUAGCAGACAAUGGCCUCGGCACAGAUUCAAGUCCCUACAUCCCUCCCACGCAGCCUUAAACCGACAUUCCCUGGGGAGAGUUACUAAGCGGGGGGCCUUAUGUGAAUCGGAUGUUUAGGACCAUGCCCUUUGCUAUAUUUAAUAGGAAUGGGAAAAAGGUCCUUUAGCAAGCAGCGUGUCUGAGCAGAUAUUCCCACAACCCCCUAAGCUGCGUGCAUCAGAGCAGAGAAUAGUAGCCUGCUGCAUGCGGCAGGAAACUUGGGAAACUUUGCUUGGAUUCCUCUCCUUCAUACACAGAUAGAUAAUAGAUGGACAGACUGAUAAUUGUUUCCUGCAAAUGGAAUCCAGGAAAAGAGGUAUCAAAGCUAAGGCUACUGAAUACAGGAAGGCCAGGUACGAGGUUAAGCAAUACAGGAGAGGAUGGGGGAGGGGGAGGGAGAAGGAGGAGGAACGGAGGCUGGGAAAAUUGGUAUGAAAAGAAGGAAAUGGCAAAGAGAAAAAGGAUGAAAAGGCAAUUCUAAUUUGAGGCAUAAGGAAAGUAAAGAAGGCAGGCUAAAAGAGGGAGAGUUGAGGUGGUCUGAAAAAGUGCAAAGCCCAGGGUCCUGAGAAACUUCCGCGAGAAAGGGGGCGCGGCGCUGCCCAGCCCAUGUUUGGGCAGAUUAAUGGAGUCGUGGCGGCUCGGGCUCUUGAGUCCUGCCUUGGGAGGGACAGUAUCUGUUUAGAUUUGUGUCUAAAUUUAAACCCCGAUCCGGCCUCCCUCUCUGCUCCCCUCCCCUCCCCUCCUCCUGCGUCCCUCGGUCCCUCCCUCCCUCCUCCUCCUCCUUCCUCGUUCUCUGGCGCAGGGCCCCCAGCUGGGGCAGUCCCGCAGCCGAGUGCAGCCAGGCGCGCGCCGCCGCCCACUCGCCCUGUGCCCGCUACAGCCCCGAAAGUGACCCGGGCUGGGAGCUGAGGGGACAGCGGGGAUCGUGGUCUCUUAACCCGAGAGAGCGGGCGUGUCCGCAGCCGGAGGAGGACUACCUGGAGGAUAUGGAGGAAAGACCCUCAGAGACCAACUCCAAUGUUGACAGCUCAGCGCAGCCUUCAGUGGCCCAGCUGGCUGGGCGCUUUCGGGAGCAUGCAGCUGUGGCCAGGGAGACACCAGCCAGUAAGCCAACAAGAAGGAAACCACCCUGCUCUCUCCCCCUGUUUCCCCCCAAGGUAGAGCUGGGCCAGAACGGUGAGGAGAAAUCACCAUCCGGCGCCAGCCACCCACCUAAAAUCAAGGUGAAGAGCUCACCCCUGAUUGAGAAGCUUCAGGCCAACUUAGCCUUUGACCCGGCAGCUCUUCUGCCUGGGGCUUCACCCAAAAGUCCCGGACUCAAGGCCAUCGUAUCACCAUUUCACAGUCCCCCUUCCACACCCAGUAGCCCCGGCAUCCGAUCCCACCCAAGUGAGGCAGAAGAGGUGCCUGUGAGCUUUGACCAGCCUCCGGAAGGAACUCACCUGCCCUCUUACAAUAAGGUGCGGACUAGAGGCUCAAUAAAAAGACGUCCUCCCUCGCGGCGAUUCCGAAGGUCUCAGUCGGACUGUGGGGAUUUUAGAGAUUACAGGGCUGUGGAGCCAUCUCAGGAAAACGGUGCCAGGGAAGAGAAUGGGGAUGACGUGUUUCCUAGCAAGAGCAAGGACCCCGGGUCCCCUCAACCCAACCAGGAGGCUAUGGCAGACGGGGUGGAGGGAAUCCCGCGGUCUGCAGAAAAGCCACGGAGAAGGAACACAUGUAACAGCACAGAGAAGCCAGAGGAGCUGGUCGGGACCUCAGAGGAGGCGAAUGCUGGAGAGAAGGUUGGACAGAAUCCAGACUCAGCUAGUCAGGGUCAUCCAGAGGUCCAGGCGCCAUCGCAAACCGGCACCCCAAAGGCUGAGAAUGGGUGCGGAAGCCCACGGGAAGAGACAGCCCCAGGAGAGCAUACAGACACUGGGAAGGCCACUGAAGGGACAGCCUCUGAGGAGAGGGUAGCAGAUGAAGAUAGGCUCGGACAGAAAAGCCCAGACGCAAAUAUGCCUGAGGAGGAGGGAGUGGUCAGGGAGAAAGCCCCACAAAUCUCUUCUGGAAAAGCAGAAGGUACUACUAUUGCAGAGCCGGAUACAAAGCAAAAGGAGGAGGCGCCUCUGGAGCCAAGCUGUAGCCCAGGGGCCGACCAUGCUGCAGGAGAGAUCACCAAUGAGAUCCAGAAUGAGAAAGCAGUCUCCAUGGAUGACAUCCCCAUCGAGGAUACCCGAAUGUGAUGAUGGGCUCAGGGUACCAGUGAUGGGGCCACUGGAGACAUCUCCUUGGAAACAGCAGCAGUAACAGCAGCAGCAACAGUUCAUGAAGCCACUGCCGAAGCAGAAUACACCGAGCAUCUGGAGACAGCCCAGGAUGCAGGGUGGAUUGUCCCCUGUAGGCUACACCAACCGUCUCCUCAUUGGAGAUGAGAGCUGAGGACAGUAGAGUUUUAUCAACUUGAGUUUGUGUCACCUGACAUAUGACUCAAAGUUAAAUAUAUUUAAAGCAAUUUGAUGUGGUGUCUGCUCCACAACCUUCCUGUUGAUCCCCAAGUCUUCCUGCAGCCGACCUCCCAACUAGGCUCUUGUUGAACUUGUGUAAAGUUACGGCCUUUUGCUAUCGUUCUAAUGUUUUUAUGGUUCUCAGAUGUAACUUAAAACUAAUUUUAGGUAGAUAAAGAAGGUAGUCUUGUGGAGAAUAAGAUUCCCUAAGUUACAGAGACCUGAAAACAUACCAAAGCCCUCACGACGACCGUUCUGCUUGCUGCAAAUGGGAAUCAGCUGACCAGUUUCAAAAACUCAAAGAGAUAUUUAUUAAAACAUUUUAAAUCGUGUUCCUGCCUGCUCCAAGGGCAGGAACUUUCCCUGUCCCAUACAGCCUGGCUGGUGAGAACAAGGAGAGGUGAUUGAUCCAUCUCAUCCCAUCCAAAGGAGAGGCAGGAUUCAUCCCCUCCACCCCUCAAGGUGCCACCAUACGCCUGCCUUGCUCUGAGCAUGGGUUGUACUCUCCUGGAAGGUUACACUUGAACAGGAAACUGGCUGGCCUCUGGGAGGGAUGUUCAGUGUCCGCAGUACAGCUUACCUUCUGAGAGCGUCUCUCUUAGCUUCUCUAUGAAGUUUUGUUUGUUUGCUUUUGUUUUUGUUUUUUGUUUUUUCAGAUCUCACCAUGUAGACUUCUAUGUAGCCCAGGCUGGUUUUGAACUAGUGAUCCCCCUGCCUCUGCCUCUAGAUUGUGGGUAUGCAUCACUGUGCCUGGUUCUCAGUAAGCAUUUCUCAAAUCCAACUCCAAAUUCUUCUCCGGGACUCAGGAGGCAUGAGUUAGGGUCUCCAGCCUGUUUUCAUCAGGAACUCCUGCUCAGUAUCCUGUCUGGGGAUAAAACAGGGUUUGCAGGAAUAUGGGUCGGUCUGAUAUCCAUUCCUCUGAUCACCCUCCCCUCCAUGAACUCCUGCUGAAGAAAUGUUAACGUAAAUAAAUGGUGAAUCUUC